AUGACGUCUUAUUGCAAUACGCGAGAUGAACGAUGGAGGCUCCCGCCUCGAAAGGCCCUCCACCCGACAGAAAAGAGCGAGAGGCUUCAGAUUGGCAUCAUUGGAGCGGGAAUUGGAGGCUUGAUGGCCGCCAUCACCCUACUGGAGAGUGGCCACGAUGUCGAGAUCUAUGAAAGGUCUCAGUUCAAGAGCGAGGUAGGGGCUGCGAUCUCGACACCUCCCAACUCCACGAGAGUGCUCGACUACUACGGGUUUGACUUCGAGCGGGCCAGGGCCACCAUCGCGGAGAAGUACAUCUACUACGACGACCCCAACAACAUUGACAAAACGCGAAUGAUAACAUGCACGGAUUACACACCCAGAUACGGCGCCCCCUGGCUAUUCUUUCACCGCGUUGAUCUCCAUAACGAGCUCAAGCUUUUAGCCACGGAGCCGACACCGAUGAGGAAGAGCGUUGCUCGCUUGCACCUUGGCGUCAAGGUGUCUGAUAUCGACACCGAUGGCACCAUUCACUUUGAAGAUGGCACGAGUGUGCAAAAGGACAUACUCAUCGCGGCCGACGGCAUACGAUCUUCCUUCAUCUCAAAGGUCGUGGACAACGCCCCGCAAGCACAGCACUACAUGUCGAUGCUCCGAUUGAUGGCUCCAGUAGAGGACCUCCGUGACGACCCGGAUGUCGUAGCUCUUUUUAAAGAUGGUUUGACUUCGAUUCGCAUCAGCUAUGGGACCAUGCGAAGUGCCAUUAUCUACGGAUGUCGAGGAGGCUCGCUUCAAAACAUCGGCUUGCUAUACCAUCCUGACCUUGCCAUUGAUUCAGAAGGCAACGACAUUUCGGCGAGAGAAGACUUUGUCUACAAAGUCGUCGAAGAGUAUCCGAGGCCUGUACAAUCCGUCUGCAUCAAUGCAAGAGGCGUCGGACAAUGGAAGGUCUUCACCCGAAAGCCGCUCGACAGGCUCGUCCGAGGCCGAGUGGUCCUCAUAGGAGACGCCGCACAUCCCAUGCCCCCAGUGCGCGCUCAGGGUGCAGCCAUGGCGAUCGAAGACGCCGGAGCGCUAGGCGUGCUUCUCUCAAACGUGACAUCGAAAGACGACAUCUCAACCCGACUGGACAUGUUCAACCAGCUGCGGGUAAAGCGCGUCGCCGCAACGCAGACCGCGUCUUCGAUGCACCAGUGGGACCCCACUCGUGUUUCCGAGGAGCAGAGACAGUACUUUGACGGCAACGUCCCACAGACUAUUGAGGACAUUGAAAUAUUCAGUUACGACAACAGUGUCAUUCGCGAUGCAUUUGACCUCUUGGAAAGGGCUUGA